UAAAUAAAUAAUAAUUGGUACGAAUUGUGAGGCGUUGGGUUAGAGAAAUAGACGGAUAUCCUCUCUUCUUCUCCCCUGAAGACCUGACCUGCGUAGAACAGCUUCCAGCAGGCGUCGUAGACUCACUUCCGACACAAAUCUUGUUCCGCCGCGCUUUAGCCUCGACCGGGUUUCUGUUCGUAUGUUGUAUUGUGUUGUGGGAUUGCGAUUUUACUGCGAAACAACCGUGCUCUGGUAUAUUCCAUCUCCUACAAUUUCUAGGUUCUGUCUCUCCUCCAACACAAUUUCUGGCCCUCUUCGCAUCUUGGCGCUUUUAUAGCCGGAACGUGCUCUCAAUUCGUCAUCUUGUUCUCUCCACUUUCCAUCCAUAGUUUGGAAACCCUAGCUUCGAUUUGGUGGGGCAAUUGGGGUUCGGGAGGGAGGAUGGAUGAUUCGGAGCAUAAUAAACUCUUUGUCGGGGGAAUAUCGUGGGAGACGACGGACGUUGUGCUGAAGAGGCAUUUCGAGCAGUACGGCACUGUUUUGGCCGCCGCGAUUGCUAAGGAUCGGAAUACUGGGAACCCUAGGGGAUUCGCGUUUGUCACAUUCUCGGAGACUGCGUCGGUUAAUAGAGCGCUUCAGGAAGCGCAUCAGAUUCUUGGAAGAACGGUGGAAGUUAAACGGGCCAUUCCUAGGAGCGAACAACAAAUUCAGCAGCAGCAGCAGCAACAUAGAGGAUUGGAUAGGAGUAACAGUAGGGCUAACGGUAGAAUCAACGAAGAGUCGAAGGAAAAGAAAAUUUUUGUUGGGGGUCUGCCAGCCAACUUGACUUUGGAAGAAUUCAGAAGCUACUUUGAAAAGUUUGGUAAAAUUACUGAUGUAGCAGUUAUUCACGAUAACAAUACGCGCCGACCAAGAGGAUUUGGCUUUAUUACUUUCGACUCCGAGGACUCUGUUGAGGAAGUUUUGCAGAAGAAAUACUAUGAGUUGACUGGAAAGAAUGUAGAAGUCAAGAGGGCUAUCCCGAAAGAGGGAAUUAUCAAUAAUAUCGAUGGUUACAACGGAGGUUUUAGUGAUAGGAGGAAAACUAAUUUUAAUUCUUAUCAGCAAGAGAGCUACUCACCUUUCAACACAAGGUUUGGGUAUUUUCCAUCUGGAUUUAGCAAUGUUGCCGGAUACCCAUAUGGAGCUCCAUUGAUUGGAAAUGGUUAUCCUUCUGGAGGAUAUGGUGGAAUUGGCUAUGGGUUUGCUCCAGUUUCUCAGGGUAGUCCUUGGAGUCCUGCAAUGUUUGGUGUUGGGGGAGGCUUCUUGCCAUACGGAAACGUUGCUCCCGCCUAUCCCACCUACCUGAAUAGUGGGCCUGGAGUAGUGAGCUUCGCUACAAAUGGGUAUAACGGCAUCUUAAGCAAUGGAUUCAGUGGAACAUCUGUUCAAACAGGUGUUGAAAAUAUGCAAAUUUCAGCCGAGCCAACUCGCUUUCAUGCUGCUGCGACUAAUGUAGAUGCCAACUCUUUUGGUUCUGGCAGAAGCACUGGAGCUGCUGCUAGCUAACAAAGUCAAAACAGAAUGACAACCUUUAUCAAUCAACCAGCUCUAGCUGACUACUUGGAAUCUUCAUUGUGUAUAUUUAACAUGCUAGAAAUAUUCCCCACUGACAGGGUUGAAAAUUUAUUCUGUUGUCUUUGUUUUGAAGGUCUUUCAAAUUCUUAAAAAAAAAAUGGUGUGUUCUGUUGUUUUUGUUGUUGAAAAUUCAUGGAUUCAGAAUUCAGUUACUGUAAUAUAAUUUUUUAUCUCUUCC